GUUGUGAUUUUUUUUUCGACUGCAUCUUUGAGUGAGCAAAAAAAAAAGAAGAGGUUCGACAUGAGUCUGUUUCCAUCUUUUCUGAGAAUUAUCUGUCAACCCUGUAAGGCUGGGACUUUACUAUUUUGAAUUUCGACUCGCUCAAUGAGGGUAUCCAACGGCUAGUUCGUUUGUCGACCAGUCUCAUGGGGCUUGCUGGGUGAUCUUUUUUAUUUGCGGGUGUCACUAAGACUACUAUUUCUGGAUUCAUUCCCCUUGGAUCGUGGGGCAGGAUGCUUCACCCACUUCUCGAUGUCAGUAGUUUGAAUGUUGUCAUUUCAGUUUUGGGUCUAUAUAUUCUUCUCUUUGGGUUUAUCUCGCUGAAGAUAAAACAGAAAUGGUACAUCGGGGAGGCCUUGCCUGCGUUUGUUAUAGGGGUUGCACUUGGGCCGGUUGGAACCAAGUUCCUCAGUGUGGAUCAAUGGGGAGGCGAGGAUGAUAACAAGAAAAGCGAAAUCGCUUAUGGCUUGACGCGUUUGGUGAUUGGUAUUCAGUUGGUCAAGGUGGGAUAUGAACUGCCGAAGAGAUACUUGAGACAGCGAGUCGUUGAGAUGACGAUCUGUCUGCUUCCGCUGAUGACUAUAUCGUGGCUUUCGACGUCGGCGUGUAUCAUGCUGAUUGUGCCGAGGAUAUCCUAUCUUGCGUCGCUCAUCAUCGCCUCCUGUAUCACCUGCACGGAUCCAAUUCUAUCGCAAGCGAUCGCAAAAGGUCCAUUUUCAGAUAACUACGUCCGUCGACCUCUUCGUGAAUUCAUGUCAGCCGAGGCAGGAGGUAACGAUGGCUUUGGGUUUCCUUUUCUGUUGCUCGCCGUCUCACUCUUGCGGUAUGCCGACACGCCAGCCAACACUGUCAGUAUGGAGGAGUUUGAUCUCGCAAGGGGGGUUCCUGAUUUUCUCGGUGCAUCUGAUGUCGGAAGAUUUGGUGGAGGUGCAAGUCGGGCAUUGAAGCACUGGGCUGUUGAGGGUGUUUUCUAUAUGAUUAUCAUGGGCACUGGAUAUGGUGCUUUUGUGGGGUUUAUUUCCCGGAAGCUUUUUAAUCUGGCAUCGAGACGGCGAUGGAUUGAUAACGAGUGCUUUCGACUUGUUCCAGUAGCCCUGGGGCUGUUUAUCGUCGGUACCUGUGGCUGCGUUGGUUCUGACGAGACACUUGCCUGCUUCGUCGCAGGCAGCACCUUGAACUGGGACGGGCUAUAUCACGCCGAAACACAAGCACGACAUGACUCGUUCAACUCUACGAUUGAAACGCUGAUGAACUUUGGGACAUUUAUAUAUCUUGGUGCCGUCAUGCCAUGGGAUCAGUUCCACAUGCCCGACACUACCGAAAUAACAAUAACGCGACUGUUUGCGCUUGGGUUUCUGAUCCUGGCUUUUCGUCGUAUUCCUGCUAUUAUGCUGGGGUAUCGGUUUAUGCCCAAGGUUUGCGACACUUGGAGAGAAGCGUUGUUUAUGGGGUAUUUUGGACCGAUUGGUGUUGGAGCGAUUUCAUACGUAGAGUACGCAAGGCGACUCUUUCCAGGCCCGGGGAAGAGUGAUCGAGAGAUUAACAACUUGACUGCUUCCAUGACACCAGUGGUGUACUGGUUGGUCUUUUUCUCGAUUGUCGUGCAUGGCCUGUCUGUUCCGAUUCUCAACAUCCUCUAUCGAAUCUUCAAGGUCCCUCGGAUCUGUGAUCAUCCAGUAGAGAUCAUCCUCCUAUCCGAAAACGAGCCCUUGCCCAGCAACAGCACCAUUGGACCUCAGCGACACUCGGUAAUCGUGAAUAACCAAUUUCCACGAGCGUCCGAUGAAGACGAGGAAUCAAAUUCAACUGAUGAAGAUAGAACAAAUAUACUCCACGGCAGCGAAAGCAGAAGUCGAAGCAGAAGCAGCUGCAGUAUAGAACAACCACCUACAAAGGAAGCAGCCGUGGACACACGAGAGAUGGUCUGAUUGAUUGACAGUUGGUUGAUAUUACACUAAUUCUGGCAAGUCCUCAACAAGUUGCCUCUAUGGUGUAGUUGGUUAUCACGUGGGUCUCAUAAAAUCCUAUGACAUUUCUGUUAAACAGAUUUGACAUCCCGAGGUCUCCAGUUCGAUCCUGGAUGGGGGCAAUUUCUUUUUUCUUUUUUAAAAGUUUUUUUUUGGUUGGCAGAGUGGGCCGGUGGGACUGAUAGGAUAUCCGUGAUUUAUCACUUGGAGGGGUAAUCAACAAAAGACAACUCAACUACUUUUUGGAUAAUGUCCGUCUACGAUAUGAGCAAAUAGAUAAAUAAAAUAAAGUCAUAUUCUCCUAGUAUUGUUCAACUCCCCAAC